CAGUUCCCGUCCCGGUGUCAUGGACUUCGCGCUGACGCCUAUCUGAAUCACACUCUUUCACUCUCUCUCUCUCUCUAACUUUCUCUCUCUAAAACCAGAGAUUCGAUCUUCAUCAAUUUCACUGCGAAAAUCCCUAAAUUCUGGGAGGAGAGAGAGAGAAAAAUGCAGAGAAAAGGAUCAAGUCAGAGGCUAUCAUCAGGUAGCAGUAAUACGCUGCUUCGCUCUCGGAUUUCUUCUCUUAUGCUCACCAUGUUCGCCACCAUUGCUUCCCUCUAUGUCGCCGGAAGAUUGUGGCAGGAUGCACAAAAUAGGGUUUAUAUUAUCAAUGAGCUUGACAGAAUUUCAGGUCAAGGGAAAAGUGCCAUUUCAGUCGAUGAUUCACUGAAAGUCAUAGCCUGCAGGGAACAACAGAAGAAACUCUCAGCACUUCAGAUGGAGCUCGCUGCUGCUAAGGAAGAGGGUUUUGUUGCAAAAUAUUAUGGGAUAGACAAGGCUAAGCCUAAAAAGAAGCCACUGGUUGUAAUAGGCAUUUUGACAAGUUUUGGACGCAGAAAUAAGAGGGAUGCAAUCCGUAAGGCAUGGAUGGGACAAGGUGCUGCUUUGAAUAAGAUGGAGAGUGAGAAGGGCAUUGUUACUCGGUUUGUCAUUGGAAGAAGCGAAAAUCAUGGGGAUAGUCUAGACUUGGAGAUUGACAUUGAGAACAGACAGAACAAUGAUUUCAUUGUCCUUAAAGAUCACGUGGAGACUUCUAAACAGCUACCAAAAAAGACAAUGUUUUACUUUGCUCAUGUUGCUGAUAACUGGGAAGCAGAGUUUUACGCAAAGGUCAACGAUGAUGUUUAUGUAAAUGUUGAUGCACUGGGAAAUACUCUUGCAGCUCAUGUGGAUAAGCCUCGUGUAUAUAUGGGAUGUAUGAAGUCUGGUGAAGUUUUCUCUGAACCGAAUCAGAAAUGGUAUGAGCCAGAGUGGUGGAAAUUUGGUGACGGGAAAUCGUACUUUCGCCAUGCUUCAGGUAAAAUAUUUGUCGUAUCACAAGCGCUGGCAAAAUUUGUCUCAAUAAAUAGAUCUAAGCUCCGAACUUACGCACAUGAUGAUGUCAGUGUUGGAUCCUGGUUUAUUGGGCUUGAUGUCAGUCACAUUAACGAAAGAAAGUUUUGCUGUUCGUCGUGGGCAUCAGGAGCUAUUUGUGCAGGAGUCCAAUGAAAACUUCUUAUGCCGCAAGAGAACGUCAUCUUUCUUUUUGAGAGUCAUGCCCGGAUGCCAUAUACGAUACGCUGAAUCUAACCUUGCCUUAUUUUAUAAACGGGUAGGAAUAGUUUACACUUAACACACAUCUUGUUUAUACCGACAAAACUGAUGUUAAGAUUGUGUUCUUUUGUCUUUCGAGACAGGACAGUUCUAAAGGAAAUAAGUUACCAUUACCUUAUACUUCCUAUUAGACGCAACACUCCUUAUUUACGGUAUAAAUUCCUUGUAUAAAAGUCCAUUGUCCUUGUAAGUACUUAGGUACUUCCUAUAUAAUGUGAGGUUGGACAUUUAUCCUUCCUCCGCAUAAAAAGGGUUUUAUUUCAA